UAAAACCCCUCCUCCUUUUAUCUAAUGGAUGCACACAUACCACCAAGCUGUUAUUGACAGGAGGGCCUAAUACAAGACAAGAAGGAGCAAGAUAAGCCUCUAAUGGAACUAGACACACUGGGACUCCAUAAAGAAAUAAUCAAAGACUGAGCCCUAACUCUCACCUCACCGUAUCAACGCGAUUUCCUCCCUCACUGUUCUUCACUACCCACUCUCUGCUGUAUGUCUCAUAGCUCUACCACUAACGGGGUAACCACUGCCUCAUCAUCAAACAUUCAAGAUACUCCAUCAUCAUCAGCUGAUACCCAGAGAGUCCAGAGAAGGAAAAGGAGACGUCGUCGCGAGAGCAGUGUGACCACACCUCCACCCAGCAAGCAACAGAAAAUCAAUUUCCCCUUGUCCUCUAACAAUCAUCACCAACACAAUAACCAUCACAAGACUAGCAUAACAACUGAAGAGGUACAUGAUAUGGACUCUAGGGCAUCUCCCAAUCGCUCCGUGAGUGCUCCUGUUGAGUCCAACCACAAGAUAUCGCUACACGGUCAUGCGACCCGAGGUGGUGGGGGCGUGGCCAAUGGAAUGAAAAAGUCGGGCACUCCGAAAAAGAUUGUCAUAAAAAAUCUUAAAGCUCGAGCUGAUGUUCAGCCUAUGGAAUAUUGCAAGGAAGCUUGGUCCAAAUUAAAGAAGGCCAUUGAAGCUAUUCACUCCAGCCAGCCGAUAUGCUAUAGCCUGGAGGAACUGUAUUUAGCAGUGGAAAACUCCUGCUCUCACGGGCUAGCCCCUGAACUGUACGGGAAUCUUAAGACAGAGUGUCAGGAACACAUGUCUGUACAUUUACCGGAAUUUAAUCAGGAUAAUGUUGAUGAAGGCUCGUAUAUGAUUAUUAUUGACAGAGUCUGGGUCUCAUUCUGUCGUCAAAUGAUAAUGAUACGGAGUAUAUUUUUAUAUCUUGACAGAACUUUUGCUGUUCCUCAUCAAACUCUUCCUGCUAUCUGGGAGAUGGCUCUUGAACAGUUUGGUGAUGUUGUUAGCCAGCCAAAGAUCAGGGACCGUAUCCUUAGAGGCAUACUGGCAGCCAUUCACAGAGAAAGAUGUGGGGAGAGUGCUGAUCGCACCCUAUUGAAAAGUUUAUUAAGAAUGUUUGUUGAUUUACAGCUUUAUCAAGGUGUCUUUGAGUUGGAAUUCCUAAAGGAGACAGAGAAACUUUAUUAUAACGAGUCACUUAGAAUGAUGCGAGAUUCUGAGUUCACUUUACCUGAUUAUUUGAGUCAUAUUGAUAAACGUCUCUCUCAAGAGAAUGACAGGCUCAUUCAGUAUCUUCAUAAAACAACAAAGAAGCCAUUAAUCCUGUGUGUUGAAAAGCAAUUGGUCGGAGAACACUUGCAAGAAAUUUUAGACAAAGGAUUUGAGAGCUUGCUUGAAGCCAACAGAUAUCAUGAGCUUAUCCUUCUCUAUCAGUUCUUUGGACGAUUCAAGGAUGGAAUACCAUUGCUUCAUAUAGCAUUUGGAGGAUAUAUUAAGAAAUCAGGGAUUGCUAUAGUAAGCGAUCAGGAGAGAGAUAAGCAAAUGGUGCAGGAACUGUUGGAGCUAAAAGACAAAGUUGAGAAAAUCAUUCAAGAAUCGUUUCAGAAUGAAAAUAAAUUCCAUCAAGUUGUUAGAGACUCUUUUGAGAACGUCAUCAACAGGAGGCAGAAUAAACCAGCUGAACUUGUGGCAAAGUAUGUUGAUACACAACUGAGAUCUGGUAAUAAGGAAUGGUCUGAUGAGGAGCUUGAUAGAUUAUUAGACAGAGUGAUGGUUCUCUUCAGAUACAUACACGGGAAAGAUGUUUUUGAAGCAUUUUAUAAGAAGGAUUUGGCAAAGCGUCUUCUAUUAGGAAAGAGUGCAUCCUUUGAUGCAGAGAAAUCUAUGCUCUUGAAACUAAAACAAGAGUGUGGACCCAAUUUCACAAGUAAACUUGAAGGAAUGUUUAAAGACAUUGAGUUAUCGAGAGAAAUGAUGUCAAGCUUUAAACAACAUAUAUCAACUACCAAGAGAGUCUCUGGAUCUAUUGAUUUAUCUGUUAAUGUCUUAACUAUGGGAUACUGGCCUACAUACACACCAAUGGAAGUUCUACUACCACCAGAAAUGGGUUUUUAUCUUGAUGUAUUUAAAGAUUUCUAUGUACGCAAGCACAGUGGAAGGAAGCUCCAAUGGCAGCACUCGUUAGCUAAUUGUGUACUAAGAGUCUCCUUUGAUCAGGCUGAUAAAGAAUUGCAAGUGUCUUUAUUUCAAGGGCUAGUCCUUCUCUUGUAUAAUGACACUGACCAGCUAACAUAUUCUUACAUUAGUCAAGCAACAGGAAUAAUUGAAGAAGAACUUAAAAGAACUCUACAGUCAUUAGCUCUUAAUAAAGUAUCAAGAAUUUUAUUGAAGCAGCCAAAGAGUUUUGAAGUAAAUGAUACAGAUGUCUUUACAUUUAAUCGAUCAUUCAAGCACAAGCUAUUCCGUAUUAAAAUUAAUCAAAUUCAAAUGAAAGAAACUCAAUCUGAAAACAUAGCAACCAGCGAGAGGGUUUUUCAAGAUAGACAGUACCAGGUAAAGGCACUUGUACAUGCCUCAGAUCUAAAGAAGAGGAUAGAGAGUCUAAUAGAACGUGAUUACAUAAGAAGGAAUGAAGAGAAUACUGGUAUAUACGAGUAUAUUGCUUAAUAUAAUGAUUGUAUGUAUGUAUGUAUGUAUUUGUGUUAGCAUAUAUAUCUCUCUAUUUUCUCUCUCAUUAACUUAAUAUCAUCUGUGAACUUUAUCUCCUCUCCAGUAUUAUUCUUCUUCUUAUUAUCAUUAUUGUGUA